AGCGAACAGAGUUUACGGGCUUUGUGUUUUCCAGAAAAGUCAGGGUGGAGAAGAUGGCAGAAUAUUCGACUGUCCAGAAAGGCUCACUGAAACUCAAAGGACUUGGACAUGUUUCGUCCGGUAAAAAGAAGAAGAAGACAGAAGAGGAAAGAAAACGCUUGGAGAAACAAGUGCUGACCGCUCAGAACGACGAGGAAGAGAAAAAGAAAGUCUAUGUUGACAAAAGGACGCCAGCACAAAUUGCGUUUGACAAAAUACAAGAAAAACGGCAAAUGGAAAGAAUUUUGACCAAAGCCUCCAAAACACACAAACGAAGAGUUGAGGAAUUUAACAGACAUCUGGACACACUGACAGAGCAUUAUGAUAUUCCUAAAGUCAGCUGGACUAAAUAAUGGGGUAUUCAUAUUGACCAACUUGGAUUUCAACCAACACAGGAUUCACAGAUGUAAAACUGAGAAGCUAUCAUGUCCUUUGUAAAUAAUAAGAACUUGCUUUUAAAGCCUUAUUUAUCUGCACCUGGCAGGGUAGCUUUGGUACUCCAACUACAGAGGCUUUAAAGACAAUAAUACUGUCAGAUCUCAGAUCUUAAAAAUACAAUAUGUGCAUUUGUUGUGCUCUGUAUUAACCUGAAUAAUGUCCUAUGGCAGCUGUUGUGCUGCAUUGGGCAGUUAAAUUUUGGGGUGUGUUAUAUUUCACCAUAGUUUCUAUUAGUAAGAGGUGACUGAAAAAAGAAUGUGGCCUUUCUUUUCUCUCUUGCUUUCUAAUUUGCUUUUUAUUUUUGAAAAUUCUGGCCUGUAAUAAAUACAAAUAUGCUAGUAACUAAUUUUUAGAUAUUGCUUGGUAGUAUGUUGUAUAAGUUACAUUGGCAUGUUUUGUCUUCAAGGAACAUUCUCAGAACUAUUAAAUUUAUGAUAUUCUGUCAUGAAUCUUAUUGAGAUACCUGUACUUAUUGAAGUACAGACUUCAAAGUCCUCAGAUACUAAAGAUCUGCAAAUGUAAAUUAAUUGAACCAAUGAGUGAUGGGUGUUUGUGCCUGUAGAGCUAACUGCAGUGUUAUGGUAGAAUAGGACAAUGUAGUUUGCCAAACUGUGUAUUGUAACAUUAAAAAUGCUUCAUUUAAUUUUU